ACAACAACAACAACAACAACAACAAGAACAAUGUAUCGUACAUUACUGUUUAAUGCCAAUUUCUUUAUCUUUUGGUUAAUUAAUUUAUCAAUUCAAGAUGUUGAAUAUUGGAGAUCCAAGAAAUUAUUCAUUGAAUAUUCACUUGAUAAAACUAGAAAUAAAAUAAAAGAGGAUGUGAAAUAUGCAAUAGAAGCUUUAGAUGAAAUUGAAACAUUACAAAAUAAAUUCAAUAAAGAAAUAUCUGGUAAUAACAAAUCAAUUAAUAAUUAUAUAGAAUGUUGUAGAAUAAAAGCUGAAGCAUUUUUUGGCGCUACAUUAAUGACAAAAAUAAUAAAGACAAUAGAAAAUGGUGUAAAUGAAUAUGGAGUAAUAUUACCGGAAAGUUUGAAACUAAUCAAUUGUUAUAAUGCACAUCGGUCAACAUAUAAACAAAUAAUUUCCAAAUAUGGAAAGGAUAUAUGCAUUGGACUUACUACAUACCCCAGAAAAAUUACAUAUGAAUUUCAAUUGAACAUUGCCAAUGAAAUUAAUAAACAUUUAUCAAAUUAUGACAAAUUGAUCAUGAAAAAAGAUGAUAUUGAAUUCGACUUCAAACAUUCAGAACAGAACAUAAAAGAAGAAAUUGAACAUUUCAGAGAAAAUGAAGCACAAUUGUCAAGCAUAAAACAUGCAAUCAAUAUGGAAUUAUCAAAAGAACACCAAACAAUCGAUCAAUAUAUGAUGUGCAGAAGUAAAAUUUAUCAAACUAUUGAACAAAAGAUUCUUAUGGGAGAAUUGGAAAAUGAAUACAGAAAUGAGGCCUGUCAGUUACCCGUUUCUAACAAUAUACAAGAUAUAAAAGUGGUCGACCAAUUAAUUUCAAAACGAUUCUAUUAUCUAAGAGCAUUCAAUAAAGAAUUAUUCUAUCAUCAAUAUCUAUGGAGAAUUCUUGAAGAGAUUAGUUAUCACUAACCAGUUUAAACUAUUGAACAAUGAAUGAACAAGGUCACAAUUCCCAAAAUAUUUCUCACAAUAAAUUAUUUCAUCACUAAAAAAUAUGUUUUUAAUUAGAGCAGCGAUGAGUGGAGUUCAACCAGGUCUGUUGUGAGAUAUCAGCUCACUGAAGACAAUGGUGUACGGUGGCGCAACUUCGUGGAUUGGUUGAAGUUAGACAUUAACACCGCUGG